AUGUCUGGUAUCAAAGCAUGUUACCAAACGACGUUGCCUCAGUGGAUUCACGCUACAACACCGCCCCCUGCUGCCCAGUUUUCAUACGACACCUGGAGCAUCACUUAUGUCAGUGGAAAUCUCUUCUCCUGCUCCAAAGACGAGUCCCUGGCCCACUGCAUCAGCCAGGACUUCCGCAUGGGGGCAGGGAUCGCUGUCAGAUUCAAGAAAGAGUUUGGUGGCGUGGCUGAGCUAAAAGGACAGCAGAAACAGAUGGGGCAGUGUGCUGUGUUGAAAGAUGGAAGACGCUAUGUUUAUUAUCUUAUUACAAAGACACGGUACUACCAGAAACCGACAUAUGACUCUCUGAAACGAAGCUUGGAAGAUAUGAAGUCUCAUUGUAUCGCCAAUGGAGUAUCCAAAGUGUCCAUGCCAAGAAUUGGCUGCGGCUUGGACAAACUGGCCUGGAGACGGGUGGCUGAGAUUCUGAAGGAGGUUUUUGAAUCUUCCAAUAUUUCCAUCACCGUUUACAGCCUCCCUGAGAAAACUGAAACCACAGUGAUGAAAGAAAACUAUCGAUACAAGUAA